UUGUUAAGAAUGCAAUCAUUUGGCCGAGGAAGGGGUGCUUUGAUGGCUCAGGUAAUGACAUCAGGUUUUUCAUCCAACACUAAAGAAAAGGAAAAAACAAUAGGACGUGGAAAUGGUUUAAUGACUCCACGCGAGUUUCUGAAAAGUCAGUCACCCACAGAUGAAGUUGAAUUGGGCACAAAAAAUAAUAACCAGCCAGAAGUGAUUAAGCCAGAAGAAGUAUUAACACUUUCUGUUAGUGAACCUGUGGUCAAAAAAAUCAUUGAAAGUAACACGGAAAAUGAAAAAAUCAUUCAAGCUGAACAGGAGUGGCAAAUACUGAAGUGUAAAAGAAGAAUUAAUAAGAUGCUUAAAAAUGUGGAAAGUGCUAAUUUGAACAAAGUUAUGAAAGAACUAGAAGCAUUUAUAGAAGAGUGUCCUUUAUCAUCAAGGUACACAAAUUGUUCUGAAAUAAAUGAAAUAAUUGAAGUGUUAAUACAAAAAGCAGUUGAGAAAGAGGAGUUCUUGGAAUUUGCUCCUUGCUUACUAAAACAAGUUUCUGUUCAUAGUCCAAUUGCAUUCCAAACAUAUUUUCAAGAUAUUGUUGACUAUAAAAGACAAGAAUGUAUCACACUUUGCGCCUCAGAUAAGUUACUUUCUAACACUGGUGAAAGGUUUUGUAAAUUGCUUGGUCAUGUAUUUGUCUUGCCCAGACAGACAGGCGACAGUUUCUAUACUGUGGUUUCUCCUGUGGUCGAAGAAUGCGUGGAAAGGUGGACUUUCCCAGAUGAGGCGUCUAUGAAUGGCUUUAGGGAAAAUAUUGCUUCAGUUUUUGCAGUUUCAGUUAAAACUAUGCUGAUGCAGAUAGUUGCGAAAAUGCUUCCAUGUGAUGGUCUUGUGGGAAAGAGAGUGGAACGUUUUAUGUGGUUGAUUAGGGAAAGCAUUCUCAAUACUAAUCUACCAAGGAAAAUUAGGGAAAUAUAUUUGGACUCUUUAAUAGACAUUCAGUUAGAGGCUCAGAGGAUAAAUGUUCAGUUGGUGCGCGACGACACAUCAGAAGAAGUGAAUAUAGAAGAGGAAGAUGUGGAGAGUUGUGAGGUGGUAACUACAGACACAUCGUCAUUCACAACGAAAAAGGAACAAACGAACGACGGGUCAUAUACAAUGAUAAGCCAUCUUUUAAAAGAACAAGAUAUGGAUGACUUGUUACAGGUCUUCCAAGAGCAUAAUAUACAAGAUUCACUGCUAACCUCACCAGACCUAAAGUUAAAGAUGGAGAAAGCUGGCGUGGAGAAGUUUAAAUGUUUUCAAUUUGCAAAGGCUUUGGAAAGCAUAGGAAUUGAAAAUCUGCACAGCCACGUGUUUGGAAGUAAUGUUAAAAAUUCUUUCGAGGAUACAGAAGAAAAUGACAUUUCUGAAGUUCCCAAUGAAAAUAAAUUUGAUGCAGAAACUAAACCAGUUGAAAGGCCACGAAGUAGAAAUAGCGCCUCCAGCAGAAUGGCUAUAAAUUUUACAAAAUUAAGUAAGCCGACUAAGGAAGUGAAGAAUGUUACAACACCUGCGGAGGAGGAUUCAAGUUCAGAAACAAGCAGUGGUCCUGAUAUUGUCAUCGAAUCUGAAGAAGAGGUUUUUGACGUUUCAUUAAUAGAAGUUGAAACGGACGUGCAAUGUAGCGAAGAAAAAUCCUCAAAUUCUAGUGAGGAAACAGAACAAUGUUUUGUACCUAUAGAACCUGAGAUGUAUCAGCCAGAGAAGCUUCCAGUUGGGAGGGGGAGAGGAUGCUUUACUCUACCAGCUUAUAACAAGCAACGCAACAGACCUUAUCAAAACACAACAGAAGUAGGUAGACAAGACAGACGACCGAAUAAAGGUUUUUUCAAAGAUAACCAAAGCAAAAAAUGGACUAGUCGGGACAAUGGAUCAUCUGAUUGGCGAUCUGCACCACGUGAUAAAACUUUUAAUCGAUCUGAUAAUACAAAACUUCAAGCACGGUAUCAUCCAAAAGAAAAAGAAGGGGAUGAAAAAACUACAAAAUCUUCUACAAAGCUAUCGUUUGGUACAGCGAAGCCAAAGUUUUGUCUUCGUUGCCAAGCCACGAACCAUCUAGCAGAUAACUGUCCAGUUAUUAAUCCAUUCUUCUAAUCUUUAUAUUAUAUACCUUUUAUCUUUUUUUUUAUCUUGUAGGUAGGAUAGUUCAACUAAUUAUUUUUAAAUUUGUACUGUACUGAUGAACUAGGAAUCCACUAUGUAAUUUAACGCCAAUUUUACAAUGGCGUACUUUACUUGUCUUGGGUUUUGAAGGUUUCUUUUUUAAACUAUUAAAUUAUUUUAAAUAGUAACAUAUUUUACAUAUUAUUAGUUUAUUUAUUUGAUAUUAUAUAUAUAGUGUAUGUUGCGGGGAAAGAGGGGAAUGUUGAGGGACAAGAUUGUAUGUUGAGGGACAAGAAGAAAAGAAAACGAAAGCGCGAACUCAGAGGGUCAGGUUCUUGCAUCGAGAACUUUUAAUUUCAUUACAGAUCUAAGUUUAAGAAACCUAGCUGUAGAGGUUCGUGAUGCUUUUUUGUAUACUUUUCCAAAUAUCUGUUAAAAACGGUGCACUUUUCUCAAAAGAAACUUGUUUCUACGUAACUGUUUUAAAUCUGCAAGAUUUUUAAACACAUUACUAAUCAUAUCUUCACUUAAGGAUUCCUCUAAAACCUGAAUUUUUUUAAUUAUUUUUGUAUUGAUUAUGUGAAGGCUCGUUUUAAAACUGUUUUGACAGAAUACACUAUGAAAUUUCAAAAUUGCCAGUUAAGCUUUCAAACUUGGGAUGGUGCUGGAACUUAAAAUUUUACACGGUGGGUCGCAUGGUACAUAUUUUCCAAACGAAAUAACAUUAUCUAAUAUAUUAUCUUUUGUAUAUUUUUUGGCGUAUAGUUUUCGCAAAAAUGA